UUUCUUCGCCGCGCGCCCGGAAGCUCGGGCUGCAGACCAUCGGCAUGCUCGCCUACAUCCCGGACAAGCCUGCGUACGAGCCGACCGAGGCGGCGCCGACUGGCUGGGAGGCCUACCUGCUCGACAAGGCGCACAGCGCCACGCCUGCACGUGGCACCGUGUCCAUCUCGAACCUCGGACUGCUGCGGCUGCCCGCGGCGGUUCGCAGCGUGGCGUGGGCGCAGAGCAGCUCGCGCCUCGGAAUCGACGCGUGCGGCCUGGCGCCACUCGGCGCAGAGGAUGCGAGCAAGCCGGGCGUAGCGCAGAGGGCGGAGGGAAUCGCGCUCUGCACCUCGUGGCGGGAGGGCCUCGUCGACGGCGACGCGUUCGUCGAUGCGCUGGAGGCCGCCAUCGACCUGAUGGUGUCGGGUGAGCUGGCCUCGCAGCAGCUCGACUUUGCACACGCGGCGCAGCUCAUCCGUGCGCACUCUGAGAAGCUCCGCUGCGCCGCAUGAGCAGCCCGUGCUUCGCCUGCCACCCCUUUACAUGUGCGUCUCCCGUCAUUCUCGUCGUCACCUAUAAUCAGGGCCGUCGCCUGUCCGCUCACUGUGUGACAUUAGAGGCUAGGCAUUGGACUUUGCGAGGUAGUGCGUGGUGUCGCAAUCGCGGAUGCGCGCCGCUGCCUGCUCGGCGGUGAGGUCGCGCUGCGGCUCUCCGAGCAUCUCGAAUCUGCACAAGAGCAUCAGCCUCAGGUCACCGCGCUCAAGCUCUCCACUCACCCGACGAGGAACUUGCGCACGGUGGCAGAGCGCAGGAGCGGCGGGUAGAAGUGAAUGUGGAAGUGCGCAAAGUCGCCGAGCUCGGCGUCGGCACCCUUGUGCCCUCGCGGUGCGGGGCGCUGGUGGAU